GUUCGGACUCCUUCGCUGAUUUCUCUUUGGGAAGGUCCCCUUUCAGCUGCUCAUGGCCGCGACAGAGAUCGACUGUGGUCAGAGGCAGAUUGAUGAAAUUGAAGCACUUUCAUCUAUAUAUGGCGAUGAAUGGUGUGUUAUUGAUGAAGCUACGAAAAUAUUUUGUAUUAAGAUAAGUGAUAAUUUAGAAAAACCCAAAUGGACACUCUGCUUACAGGUGAUUUUGCCUUCUGAAUAUCCAGAUACAGCUCCACCCAUUUAUCAGCUGAAUGCUCCUUGGCUUAAAGGACAAGAUCGUGUGGAAUUGGCAAACAGCCUUGAGGAAAUAUACGUACAGAACCUUGGUGAAAGUAUUCUUUAUUUAUGGGUAGAGAAAAUUCGAGAACUUCUAAUAGAAAAAUCUCAGCAAUCAGAACCAGGCCCAGACUUAAAGAAGACAACUGAAGAAGAUGUUGACUAUGAAGAUGAUUAUUUUUGUGAUUAUCAGUCAAAAAAUACAGUUGAAGUCCUAGAUUUUGUUGUCACUGAAAGUCAAUCAGAUAUAGAAGAACUACCACCAAUUAAGCAUGGAGUCCCAAUCACUGACCGAAGAAGUACUUUUCAAGCCCAUUUAGCUCCUGUAGUUUUCCUCAAGCAGGUAAAAAUGGUUCUUGCCAAAUUAUAUGAGAAUAAGAAAAUAGCCAAUGCCACCCACAAUAUCUAUGCUUACAGAAUAUAUUGUGAAGAUAGGCAGACUUUCUUGCAGGACUGUGAAGAUGAUGGAGAAACAGCAGCAGGUGGACGUCUCCUUCACCUUAUGCAGAUUUUGAAUGUACGAAAUGUUUUGGUGGUGGUAUCUCGCUGGUAUGGUGGUAUUUUACUAGGACCAGAUCGCUUUAAACACAUCAACAACUGUGCCAGAAACAUACUAGUGGAACAGAACUACAUCAGCUCACCAGAGGAUUCAUCCAAGCAACUAGGAAAGAACAAGAAAGUAAGAAAAGACAAGAAGAAGAAUGAACAUUUUACUUGAAAAUUUAACUUUCAUAUUCUUUUUUCUGAUUAUGUAAUUAACCAUCAAUGAAAACUGUCUGUAGAGAGGGUAUUUGAAAGACAUACUCAGCCCAAAGAAUUCAAGGAAACAUGACAUGGAUGCCAGCCAGGAUUUUCACUUGUUUCUUGAUUGUUCUAAUUGCUUAAAAAUGGAGAAUUUAUGAAAUACUCUUAUGUAUCUGAAGCUGAUUCAGAAGAAUUAAUCAAACCUAAUCAUUACUGCUUCUAAUUUUGGGAAGGUAACAGUUUCUUUAAGUAGCAAGUGAAUUACCUGUCCUUUUGAAUUACAUGCCAAGUGCCUUUCUUAUGUGGCGGAAACUAUCUCUGGAGAGUUUAAAUACUCAAGGUCUUGUCACCUGGAUUCUUGUUAACUUACAUGAAUAUUGUAUUUUACAUUACUUUACAGAAAGUUUGAAUGAGCUCCUGAAGAGCUGCUUAUUUUGAUUGUAGUUCAGAAAGCUUCUCAUUUUAGUUCAAGUGUGCAUUUCUGAAGUAUUGAUUCAGUGAAAAUCCAGCAAAUACCUAUCAGUAGAAAAGUACUAGAGAUAAUAAUUUGUUUAACUUAAAAUGAAUUAUGUAGAUGUCAUACAUGAAACUUGGUUUAUAAAGAAUAUGUGGUAUUGAAAUUCACAGAAGACAUUUUCAGAUCUAUAUCUUGAUUUUUGUACUACUAAUGUAAAGCAAUAAAAAUGCAGGCUCAGCAGGCCUUUUUUCAUAAUUGG